UUCGAACAAAAAGAAAGCUCAGGAGCUGUAAGAAAAGGGGCGGAGGUCACGUGGUGGUCAGAUGAAAAUGAAGAUGCGGUUGAGACAGCAUCACCUGAUCUUGCGGAUGUUGUCAUUGUUUACUGCCAUGGGUUGAUGUUUGGAGAAAAAAAUGAAAGUGAAGACAGGAGCAAUGUGAUGACAGCAUUUCUUGGGAAAUUUCCUGCUUAAUGAGAUUAUAAAAGCAAAGGUUCGGCCAUGAGCUAUCACCGGACUCCUCAAACCUCCAACCUAUCCCAGGAGACUUGGCACAAGGCCAAACACGAGCUCAACGAAGACCUAUCCACCUUAGAUGCCUCCAUCCAAGCCGUCCGCGAUCUGGUCAUCACGCGGCCGGAUGUCCGCUUCCUCCGCACGGACAACGAGUUCAUCGUCCGCUUCUUGCGCGCCAAGAAAUUCGACACCUUCGAGGCUUUUAAAGUCCUAGCCCGAUACUUUGAAAUCCGCAGGAAAAAAGCCCCACUUCUGGCGAACAUUUCGGCGGAGGAUGCCAACAUUCGUGAAGCUUUGCUCGGAGGCUUCCCGGCUGUCUUGGAAAACUUGGACCCCUUCGGUCGCCGAAUUGUGGUCUUUUUUGUGGCAAACUGGGAGGAAUGGUUGUUCAGCUACUUGCACAUUUUGCAAGCGUUGGUGCUGAGUUUGGAGUUUAUGUUGGAAGAUGAGGAAACCCAAGUCAACGGGUUCAACGUCAUCAUUGACUGGACAGGGGUGACCUUCAAACAAGCGUCAAAUCUCAACCCGACCACGAUGAAACUUACAAUUGAGAUAUUCCAGGACUGUUUUCCCGCUCGGCUGGGAGGGCUACACAUGAUCAACCAGCCGUGGUACAUAGAGGGCGCCCUCACCGUCUGCAAACCCUUCCUAAAGGACUCCACGAGACAAAAGAUCUAUCUCCAUGGUAACAACCUCUCCACCCUACACGCCAAGAUCCACAAGGAAAUGCUGCCGUCCGAACUGGGCGGGACCAACCCGCCAUACAAUCACUUCUCCUGGGCCAAGAAGCUGAUUGGCUGCAACUUCAAGCCUAAUUUGCAUAACACUGCCCCGGUGCACCAUGGGAACGACCAGUUAGAUGAUGACUUGAAAAGGUUUAGUCUCUCCUCAAGCAGCAAGUCUAACGUUGCUACACUAGAAGUGAGCAGUACGGAACAGAAGCAGGCUGAAAACAGGCCACUCAUCUCACUGGAAUAAUGGUUUAACACAUUAGCAGCUGUACUUAUAUUGUAUUACAUUGUAUUACAUUGUAUAACAUUGUAUUUACAUUGCAUUAC